CUAAAUUGUGACAUGUCCAUUGCUACACUCUCCUUCUCUUUCUUUUUCCAAACAAAGAAAUGACUCAAAUCAAAGAGUUCUUCAACAAAUUUCCAAAUUCUAGCAAACACAUUUCCAUCUUAAACAGAAACAAGAAGCUUUCCUUGGCUCUUUUGGCAACUUUGUUGCUUGUUGCUGCUGUAAUCGGCAUUGUUGUUGGAGUCAAUUCGCAUAAAUCCUCCGAUUCUCAGCCUCAUCAUGAGAUCCUCAAAACCUCUUGUAGCAGCACCAGAUUUCCUGAUUUAUGUUACUCAGCCAUCGCCAAUGUUCCUGAAGCUGCCCAGAAAGUGACCAGCCAAAAGGAUGUCAUUGAAUUGUCUUUAAACCUCACCACUACCACUAUUGAGCACAAUUAUUUCACCAUCAAGAAGCUUCUUGCCACUAGGAAGAAGCUCACCGAGCGUGAAAAGACUGCUCUCCAUGACUGUCUCGAGACCAUAGACGAGAGUCUUGAUGAAUUACACAAAGCUGUGGAGGAUCUUCAAGAAUACCCCAACAAAAAAUCUCUAAAACAACAUGCUGAUGACCUCAAAACCCUGUUGAGUGCUGCCAUGACCAACCAAGAAACGUGCCUUGACGGGUUCUCACACGAUGGUGCUGAUAAGCAAGUAAGAAAAGCCCUGUCGAAGGGGGAGGUUCAUGUUGAGCAAAUGUGCAGCAAUGUGCUUGCUAUGAUCAAGAACAUGACAGACACUGAUAUUGCAAAUGAGCAAAGGACAAGCAACAGGAAGCUGAAGGAAGAGGCGGUGGAUGAAAGUGGAUGGCCAUCGUGGUUGUCGGCCGGAGACAGGAAGCUGUUGCAGUCAUCAACAGUGACACCAAACGUGGUUGUGGCGGCCGAUGGCAGUGGAAACUAUAAGACAGUGUCGGCAGCAGUUAAGGCUGCUCCUGAAGGAAGCAGUAAAAGGUACAUUAUCAAAAUCAAGGCUGGCGUUUACAGGGAAAAUGUGGAGGUGACAAAGAAGAAGAAGAAUAUUAUGUUCAUCGGAGAUGGAAGGAAAAAUACUAUUAUUACGGCUAGUAGAAACGUGGUUGAUGGAAGCACAACUUUCAACUCUGCUACAGUCGCUGUUGUUGGAGAAGGAUUCCUAGCCCGAGACAUAACCUUCCAAAACACAGCCGGUCCCUCAAAGCAUCAAGCAGUUGCUCUCCGAGUGGGGGCUGAUCUCUCGGCGUUUUACCAAUGUGAUAUGUUGGCAUAUCAAGACACACUUUACGUCCACUCGAAUCGACAAUUCUAUAUUAACUGUUUAAUAGCUGGAACUGUCGACUUCAUCUUCGGCAAUGCAGCCGCUGUGUUACAAGACUGUGACAUACAUGCUCGAAAACCCAAUUCUGGCCAGAAAAAUAUGGUGACGGCCCAAGGAAGAACCGACCCUAACCAAAACACUGGCAUUGUCAUUCAGAAAAGUAGAAUCGGUGCCACUUCUGAUUUGCAACCUGUUAGGAGUAGUUUCCCAACUUAUCUUGGAAGACCAUGGAAGGCGUACUCAAGAACAGUGAUUAUGCAGUCAGCUAUCAGUGAUGUGAUUCAUCCUGUUGGGUGGCAUGAGUGGGAUGGGAGCUUUGCGCUAAGCACAUUGUAUUAUGGAGAGCAUCAGAACACUGGUGCUGGUGCAGCUACUUCAAAGAGAGUUACAUGGAAGGGAUUCAAGGUAAUCACAAGCUCAACAGAGGCACAAAUGUUCACCCCUGGUAGUUUCAUUGCUGGUGGUAGUUGGUUGCGGGCAACUGGAUUUCCUUUCUCUCUUGGUCUGUAAAUUUGAUUAAACUGAGCAUGCGGUUGUAGUUGAUCUAGUUUUUGGGAUUUGGGUGAUGGUGUUGUGCGGCUAUGGUUGUUAUUGUUGCUCAUAAAUUAAGAGUAUAGUAUUUGCAACCCCUUGUUCUAAGAUUAUAAUAAGAAGAAUUUCGAUUUCUGAGAAA